GCAUAGUGCAUACCGUUCCCAUUCGGGCUUCAGCCCUCGUCCGAUCAUCGUCUCGAAUUUGUUCCGAAAUCGUUUCGAAUCGUAUUUCCGAGCCGGAGAGAGGGUAGAACGACGUGGGGACGAGUCCAGUCAUCGAUCUUCGCCUGCGCUUCACGUACUGCAAACCUCCUGUUGCACCGUCGCAAUCGUGAGUUUUACCUCUUUCUCAUUUGGGAUUUUGCAACUUCUCCUUCUAAUGAUGGGUCUCCCAGGUGACACUAUGCAGACCGAGCUUCUCUCGAGCCCAAAUUAUUACAACCAUUGGAUUUCCACCGGGGCAAAUGAACCAAAUAUUCCACAAGAUCCGCGAUACUGGACGAGACACGAUGUUGUUACCUGGUUGCAGUACAUGGCUGAAAUGCACCAUCUUCCGAAUGUCGCGACUGAUCGGUUCAUCAUGAAUGGUAAGGCCCUCUGCCUCAUGACGGUUUCGAUGUUUCUCGACAGAGUUCCGCUUGGGGGGAAACUCCUUUACAAAGACUUCCAGUUACGACUCGCACGGGCCAUGUAUUCGAAUGAGUCUUAUCCUAACUGUUGAGAGAAUUGCAGAAACCUUCAUUAAGCUUUGGGACUUUUCAGCUUUGUACAUACUUUUUCAUUUCAAGGCAUUCUACCAAAGGAAAAAUGAAAAAUCUCUCAGCUAAAUUUUAAAUGCAAAACUUGUUGAAAUCAUUUAAAAACUGCACUAGUCAUUUAAGUAUUGUUGAUACUUUAGUUAUGAAUUAAAAAUAAGGAUGUUCCUAAUUAAAAAUUAUCAUUAUAAACAUUUGAUUAAUAAUUAAUUUUUUAAUGUUUGUGUGUGUGUGAAUU